CACCGGUAAAUGUAGUGAUAAAAAGAGUUGGACAAGAAAUUGCAUCAAAUUAAUUUUGGAACUUCACUUUCAUAUUCUUUGAAUAGUAGAUUACUCAUUGCAGUUUAAUUUCAGAGUUGGCUCUUGUUUGAAUCCAAGUUUUAGUAAUACGGAGACAGUCUUACACUAUUCACAUCGUGACGCAGAGCUUUUUGGUUGGCCAAAAGAAAACCGGCUUUUAAAAAAGUAUUUGAAAUAAGCGAACAAGAAGCACUUGUUUGUAGCUGCUUUACAAGGAGAAAGUGCACUUCUACCUUCCGCCAUGGGAAUUGAUAGAUUGCUUCCUUGCAGCGUCAAAAUUGCAAAGCUGAUUCAAAAGUCCAGCUGUGAUGUAGUCUGUAUUAUCGAUCGCCAAGUGCCGGCGGAGUUGGCGGAGCAAUUUAGCGAGUUUCGAGCAUUUGAUAAGGCAUUCGAUAGUGUGGUUUCCUGCUUCAAAUCGCAAAAGUUGGACUUGCCCAUAGUUUAUUCACCAGUACAAGAAUUGACAGAUUAUCAUGAUGUGCGGACGUACCAAAAAGCGGCAGCUAAGUCGUUGGAACGAGCAAUUAAGGCUGGCUUCAAGUCGCCCAUGUUGAUCGUGCCCACAAGUCACCGCUUCUCCAAUGCUGAACUUUGUACUGUGCUAGGUGCUUUGGAUCAAUUAUAUGUUCCAAUUCAACUGCGAGAGGAUGUCCCUGCACAUGCCAAGCAAAUUAAGGAGUUAUCUGUGCUGAUUUCCAAACCUAAUGCUGAAGAUAUUUUAAAGGAAGCCUUGGUCUUAGAAUCUGGUCGAAUGGUUGCCCGUGAUAUUGGUGAGUCCGUGAGAGAAAGUUAGUUCUCUAUUUUAUUU